AUGUAUAAAGAGAUUAAGAAGGUUAGUAUGUUUAACUACACAGCUGAUUAUGAUGCCAAUUCCAGACCUGGAAGGCCUCCUAAGAGGACUCAAAGUGUCACCUCCCCAGAGAACUCUCAUAUCAUGCCACAUUCUGUCCCUGGCCUCAUGUCUCCUGGAAUAAUUCCACCAACAGGUCUGACUGCAGCUGCUGCAGCCGCUGCAGCUGCUACCAAUGCAGCUAUUGCUGAAGCAAUGAAGGUGAAAAAAAUCAAAUUAGAAGCUAUGAGCAACUAUCAUGCCAGUAACAACCAACAUGGAGCAGAUUCUGAAAACGGGGACAUGAAUUCAAGUGUUGGAAGCAGUGGUGGUUCUUGGGAUAAGGAAACACUGCACUCUCCCCCAUCCCAGGCAUCUCAGGCUCCUGUUACACAUGCCCGCACGCCUGCAGCCUGUAGCCUUCCAGUUAGCCAUCCUCUCAACCAUCUUCAGCACAGCCACCUUCUGCCAAAUGGACUGGAACUUCCUUUUAUGAUGAUGCCCCAUCCUCUAAUUCCUGUAAGCCUACCUCCAGCAUCUGUCACCAUGGCCAUGAGCCAGAUGAACCAUCUUAGCACCAUUGCAAAUAUGGCUGCGGCAGCGCAAGUUCAGAGUCCUCCAUCCAGGGUGGAGACAUCAGUUAUUAAGGAGCGUGUUCCCGACAGCCCCUCACCUGCCCCCUCUCUUGAGGAGGGCCGAAGGCCUGGCAGCCACCCAUCAUCGCACCGCAGCAGCAGUGUGUCCAGCUCCCCUGCACGGACCGAGAGUUCUUCCGACAGAAUCCCUGUCCAUCAGAAUGGAUUGUCCAUGAACCAGAUGCUGAUGGGUUUAUCACCAAAUGUGCUUCCUGGGCCAAAGGAGGGAGAUUUGGCUGGUCAUGACAUAGGACAUGAGUCCAAAAGAAUUCACAUUGAUAAAGAUGAGACCCCGCUUUCUACACCAACAGCAAGAGACAGCAUCGACAAACUUUCUCUAACUGGGCAUGGACAACCACUACCUCCAGGCUUCCCGUCUCCCUUCCUGUUUCCUGAUGGCUUAUCUUCCAUAGAGACCCUUCUCACUAACAUACAGGGCCUUUUGAAGGUUGCCAUAGAUAAUGCCAGAGCUCAAGAAAAACAAGUCCAACUGGAAAAAACAGAGCUGAAGAUGGAUUUUUUAAGGGAAAGAGAACUAAGAGAAACACUCGAGAAGCAGCUGGCUAUGGAACAAAAGAACAGAGCCAUUGUCCAAAAGAGGCUAAAGAAGGAAAAGAAGGCGAAGAGAAAACUGCAGGAAGCACUGGAAUUUGAGACCAAACGCCGGGAGCAAGCAGAGCAGACCCUGAAGCAGGCGGCUUCAGCAGAUAGUCUCAGGGUCUUAAAUGACUCCCUGACCCCAGAGAUAGAAGCUGACCGCAGUGGCGGAAGAACAGAUGCAGAAAGGACAAUACAAGGUAGGAAUUUGCAGAAGGCUAUAAAUCUAGAUCUUGCUAUAUGA